GGGGGGUGUGUGAGUGGUUGGGUGAGGUGGUUGGGGGGGGGGAGGGGUGGGGAAGGAAGUUACGGCGGGGGGGUGGUUGGGGAGGGGGAGAGGAGGGGUGAGGGGACUCGCGACGCACAGGAACCUUUCCUACCCUCUCACCCAAAUCCCUUUCUUAAUAUCGCACUCAAGAAAAAAAGGCACCACCACGCCAGUGGGCGACGGCGAGGCGGCCGCUGCACAUCCGCUGAAAGAACCGAUGACGAUCCUACAUCGCCUCACUUGUGUUUUUUUUUCUUGAUUCUUUCGUUCUCCAGUCACCCCGGCAGCAAAGCCUCUCACGGUUGCGACAGCGCCUUCACUGUCCCCGCUCUCCGCCGGCUUUGUACUCAGGCAAAAUGA